CUCUCUCUCUCUCUCUCUCUCUCUUUGUAAGGUUCAUUUCCAAGGGGAAGAAAGGGAAAAACCAGAGGGAGAGAAACAGAGCAUAUAAACCAAGAAAACCCCAGACAAAGUUAACCAAGAAAAUUGGAAGAAAGAUUUCUUGAGAGAGAGGGAAGAUGGGGAAUUUGUUGAGGAGAUGGUUUGGAGGAGUCCGUGUUGUGUUGAUUUUGUUGAUAGCAUUUGAAAGCAUGGGGAGGAGCAAUGGUCAUUUGCCAGUGAGUGGUUUGUUCAUUUUGGGAGAUUCCUCUGUAAAUUGUGGCAACAACCUCUUCUUCCCCAGCCUUCCUUUCUCUUUGGUCGAUACCUCCUUUUUACUUCUCUGCAACACCACUCUUGUCCCUGAUCUUCUCGCCAAGAAGUUGGCUCUCCGGCCAGUCCCACCGUUCUCCGGCCAAAGCGAGAAUGUGGGGAGGGCAAUGCAGGGUCUGAACUUUGGCGUCCCCUCUGCCACCAUCCUCACUUCCGGCGACCUCGACUAUGUCAGUCUGAAACAGCAGAUACGUUAUGCUCUCAAUACCCUCCAGAAUUUCGAUCUUGCCCUCGGCCGCCGAAGGGCCCGCCGCCUCAUCUCCUCCUCCAUUUUCUACCUCUCCAUGGGAGCCCACGACUACACCGACCUCUACUAUCCUGAUAUUUAUGUCGCAGGAUCAAGGCACCCAGAAUUUGCCCACAUUUUGGUUGGUGAGGUGACCCGAGCCAUGAAGGAUCUAUACCACGCAAAUGUGAGGAAAAUCAUCGUGGCGGGAAUCGGGCCUCUUGGCUGUGCCCCUCGAUUCCUAUCAGAGUCUGAUCCAGACUCUAUCAACUCCACGAAUGGAGGCAUCAAAUGUGAGGACCAACUGAAUGACAUGAUACAAGAGUACAACACUGCUCUAUCAUUAGCCUUGAAGAACCUAAGCUCCGAAUUGCCACAUUUGCGCAUCACCUUCUGCGAUGUCUAUAAAGGACUCAUGAAGAUGAUCUCGAAUCCACAACCCUAUGGAUUUAAAAUUGUAAACAAGGCAUGUUGUGGGGUCGAAAAUUAUGGGGGAUGGGAUGAAUGUGGGGCUAAAGAGCCCAUGUGUGAAGACCCUUCAACCCAUGUUUGGUGGGAUGGCUAUAACCCAAGUGAAGGAGCAAACCAUCUCCUUGCUGACUGGGUAUGGUCAGGAGGCCCACUCGGCAUCUGCUCUCCAAUGAAAUUCCAACAGCUAGCCGCCACAUCAUCCUUGAUGAUAGUUCAGCAACCAGAGGAUUGGCAAGACCCAUGAUGUUUAAAGUUCUAGGAUAGCUUUUUAUUUUGCCAAAUACACUAGUUUUAUGCUUUCUUUGUUGUUUGGUUAGUCGUGUACAAGUCUUAUCUUGGUUUUGACUUAGACUUGUAGCAUACUUUUAACAUUUUUGGGAAAUGAGGGAGAGGUCAUCAUGGCUUUGAAA